UGCCCUUUGUGAUUGAUCUGGCAACGCCAAACACAACACGCGAAUUGCUUGCGAACAAUUUCACAAGUAUACGCAUAUAUAUGUGGUGUGUUAACUGCCCAAAACAAAAUACGUUUUUGAGUGUCUGUUCUGGAGUAACCACUGAUAGCGCGGAUUACCAACAAUGGAGCGGGAAAGUUGCUGCAGUUUGAGUUUAGGCGCUAUGACGCCCCGCAAAGGUUUGGCUAAUCCCAUGGCCGAUUCCACACGUAUUGAUGGAGGAUUAACAUCAACAACUAGUCUAACACCCAAACUAAACCGUCUUUAUUCUCUGCGUGGCAAUGAUCGCGAUAGCGAGGGAAGGGGACGGAGUCUUAGUCAAAACCAGCGAAGUAACUCAUACUCCACCCUAAGCAUGGGUUCACCCACCAAAAGUGCAUAUGAUUUCAAUCGCAGUACAACAUCAUCGAUCAUGAAUCGAUCGAAAUUGAAUCUCAGCCAAUUGGAUCCCAGGACCUAUGCUAAUGUUAACAGCACUGGACUCGCUUCUCGCAUUGCGAAAUACCAAGAAAGUGCUGCAGGAGCAGGACGUCUACAGCGUAGCAUAUCUGUGAACAAUUUGCCAAUGCCCCUUGUCCAACCAAGAAGAUCAAUAGCCUUGCCGACUGCCUACAGUCCCGGUGCGCCGAAGUUGUGUGCCACGCGAAUAGCACCACCGGAGCGCAGUUUCUACAGCGGAAACACAUUGUCAAGUCUGCUUCGUUCCAAUUCGAUAGUGGGUGUAGUUCACAAAUCUGGCGAACAGCAUCAGGGACAGGAACAAUUAUCGCGCGAAAAUCGUCCUAUUUUGCAUCCGCCACCAACACAACAGGAGAUUGAACCCACGCGCAGUGUGUUGGAAGAGUUGAAGGAGAUUUCCAGAAAGCGCAUUAACAAUGGAGAACCACACGAGCCGCCUCACGAGUUCGCCAAGAAACGCAUGGCAGAAUUUGUCGAUCCCCACUCGCAUGUGCUCCAAGCACCAGGACUUUCCCCGCAUCAGAUACCAGCCAGUUUUAAGCGUCAACGCGAACAGCCACUGCCUCUCACUGUGGCCGUUCCCCUAAGGCAGCCACAUAAUACGCCUUCUCCUGUGGCAAUGCACCACCACCAUUUACAGUCCAAUGGAGUAAGUGGCGGCGGCUCCAUCUCUAAACUGGGCACACCUACGCAGUUGUCGCCAGAGCAGCAGGCAGCAAAGCGAAGAAACUGUAGCUACAGCAAUGAUAUUGCCUCCUCUCUGAGUUCUAGUCGGCGACAAUCGCACAAACGUAAAUUAUAUGAUAUGCGAGUAAACCAGAGGCAGUCUAUAACAGGCCACGAGUUAUCCGCUCUUGGCGCAAGCUGCAACUCCUCUCCAGAAACCUCGCCCAGCCUACAAGCUUCGAAAAUUCAGCGUAAAGUCGAAAUGGAAAGCGUAUGCAAAACUCUAAGUAUGCCUACGCCAACAACAACCGCUGUGGCUGUGCCGGUGGCCAGAAUGCAGUCUGCACCCACCGAAACGGAUGGGAUGCGUCACGCUACUCCCCCCAUUGCCCAAGCGACCAAGCCCAAACUGACACUAUUCAAUGCGCAGCAGAAGAAUCAGUCGAAUCAGGAACAGUCAUCGUCAGAUUUAAAUAGCCCUGAGGUGGAUGCAUCUGAAUAUGCGGGCAUUCAGUUUGUUAAGCCCAAGCAGCAAAACUCAAAGAGCAUUGGAAUCGGUAAGAAUCCAUCAAUAGAGCGAAUGCAAAAGACCAAAUUGGCCAUCAUGUUAAGUGGCCUGAGGGGUGAAAUGUAUAUUGGCGAAUCGGAAGAUGACACUGAUGCCGCAUUAUCAACAUCGUCCAAACUGAUAUCCCCAAUCAAGCCGAUCAUUGCGGCAACAACAACUAUAACAGCGACAACAAUGACAACAGCUACAACAACAACAGCAGCAACUGCGACACAGACUAGCGAGAGAAUUUUGACUAAGCCGAACGUGGAAUUUAAAUUACAACCUAGCAACAGCAGCAGCAACAACAGCAGCAGCACAAUAGCUCAGGUCAAGCCUUCUAUAAUGUUUGGUAAUCAGAUUAAGACAUUGACACCACCAGCAGCAGAAGCAGCAGCCGCAGCAGCCACAACAGCAACAGCGUCAACGACAUCAACAACAACAACUGCAGCAACAACAACGACGACUCCUUUCACAUUUGGCGAUGCAAUUAAAGGAGCAGCAACAAACAUGACUCAACCGAAAAAUGACAGCGUUUCAGUAAUGCCAAAGCCGGAAACAAAGAAUGUAGCAAGCGUUAAUCCCAUUUUAUCAUUUGGAGCACCAAAAGCAAGCAGUCCUUCUGCAAGUUCCAAUGCGACUCCAGCAAUGCCUCAAUUCGGUGCAGGUGGCGGAAGUGUCACAACUUCACCAAUGUUUUCAUUCGGUAACAAGACGGCGGCGACGACAACAAGCACGAUUACUAACCCAACAACAACAGCAGCAACAAACACAGCAUUUACUUUCGGCAGUGGAACAUUAACAACCACAUCCACAGCAGCAACAGCAGCAGCAGCAGCACCACUAGCAGCAGCUGCAACGACAACAGCAACUGCCACUACAUUUGGACAAUUGAACAAGGCCAAUUCGAGCUCAUCUGGAUUUGGUGGUUUUAGCUUUGGUGGUAAUGCUGCUGCUCCAACAACCACGCCCUCAUUGGGGGGCUUUGGAAAUCAACCCAAUAGUUUUCUAACUAACUCUAAGCAACCAGAGGCACAUCCUGCCGCCUCUAACACUGCCACAACAACUCCUGCCUUUGGCAGUCAAACCACCACUAGCUCCACUUCAUUUGCCAAUGCAUUUAAGCCAGCAUCUGAAGCAAAUCCGAAUCCAGCAAGCCAGGAGACAACUAAGGCUUUCAGUUUCGGUUCGACAGCGAACAAACCAGCUGCGGCGGUGGUACAGCCUACAACAACUGCCAGCACUUCCAAUAUAUUUGGACAGAAUUUAUUUGGCCAGAAGCCAGCGGAAGCAGCCACAACUACAACUACAAGCACACCCUUUGCAUUUGGUGGUGGGGCUAAACCAGUGGCGCCCACUGCAGCUCCAACUGCAGCACCAACGGCGGCAGCAUCCACACCGUUUACAUUCGGCGGAGCAGCGAAACCUGCAGCCCCUGAAGCAUCUGCAUCUGGAUCCUUUUCAUUUGGCGGAUUGAAACCAGCUGCAGCACCCGCAGCUACGACAGGCACUGAAAAAUCCACACCCUUUGCUUUUGGGGGAGCAAAGCCAGCGGCAAGCGGUAGUAAUUUGUUCAGCUUUGGUGGAGCAGCAGCUGCCGCCCGAGCACCAAACGCAACCACUUUGACAGGAGGAGGAGCAGCAUCAUCAUCAUCAACAACCAAUAGUGCCUUCAGUUUCAGUGCGAAUGCAGUGCAAAAACCUGCUGCUUCCGUCUUUGGCAGUCAAAAGCCGUCGACGACAGCAACUGCAACUCCAUUUUCAUUUGGUGGUGCAGCAGCCGUCGAGCAGCAACAGCAGCAACAACAAUCAAAUCCUGAAGCCGUUGCUCCAUCUGCCAGUGGCUUCUCUUUUGGCGCUGCUAUCAACAAAACCAAUGGCGAUACAAAUGCUGCAUCGAAUAUAUUUGGUACACAAACUGGUGUGGUCAAACCUAGUUUUGCAUUCGGGAACAAUAGCGCGAGCACAACCUCCACCAAUGCGGCUCCUGCACAAUCCUCAGGUUUUGGUGGAUUCGGUGCUGCUGCUGCCGCAGGAGGAGCAACCAAUCAACAAAGCAAACCAUUCAGCUUUGGAGGAAACUCAUCGGCUUCAGUUGCUCCGGCUGCGGCUGCAAUUGGUGGAAACCUUUUUGCAAAUGCUGUGGCAGCCGCCCAGUUUGGAGCUGCUAACAAUCUGCCAUCCACUGCUCCAAACAAUAGUGCAACCGCCAAGCCUUUCAAUUUCGGUGGUGCCCAAACUGCUACCAACAAUUUGUUUAGCCCAUCCACUCAGACAGCAGCGACAGUCCCGAAACCAGCUGCAGCAGCAUUUCAAUUCGGCGCUCCAGCUCCAGCUUCGCCGGCAAUGCCAACUACUGCACAGCAGAUAAAUGCCAACAACCUGUUUGCACCACCAACAGAGAGCCGACCCAUUAGACGAGCCACAAGACGUCUGCAGAAGUAAAUCAAGUCUUUGAGAUAUCAGUACUAACCACAAAUUGUAGACUAAUAAGAUGUGCAGGGGUAAUUGUUUUUCAUAUACAUAUUUAUGUUUGCAUAUAUUUUUGUUUCAAAUAAAGUUUUGAGUAAUAGUCUA